UAUUUCUGGUGUUAAAGAAGCAUUAGCCACAUUUGACGGCAUCAAAAGAUGGCAUCCUAGGAAAAUGGGACAUCUAUUGAUAGACAGCCACUAGAAACGUGUUUUUGUAAAUGCAUUGAUGUACAUUGAUCGCGAAGAGGGGAUGUCUGAGAAAGCCACAUAUGGAUCUCUUCAGCAAUCACUGAGACGGUGUUUCGAUGCUAUUGAACAGCAGCAGAAAGAAUGGAAACUUGCCAUCCAGGAGUGUGAGCCAUUAGUUGCUGCUUUGAGCAAUCUGUCAGAGCAGCUGCAAGCAUGUGAAAAAGUCAAUUUGCAGAACAGCCCUUUAAAUGAAUUUCCUGAUCUACAGGGACGUCUCCAAUACAAACUUAAGGCAGCAAUGGAGGUUACUCUAGAGAAACUGAAUGACAAAAUGUCUAUUCUGCAAAAAGUAAGAGAUGCUGUAAGCCACCAUGUUGGGUCUGUGCUGUACAUUUAUGAAGUGAAUGCAGAUGAUAUCGGCAUUGAAACCAGUCUCAUGCGUUCUAAUCUCAGUCCUUCAAUAGCCGACAUGCUCGAGUGGUUACAGGACAUAGAGAAACAGUACAGAAAUCAAUACCUGGCAAGGAAGCUUCUCCUUGAAGUGAGCUAUGAUCGUCUGGCAGAGAUUAGAAAUUUGUCACAGUCCUGGAGUAGAUUAGAAGAUAAGUCAUUAUCCAGACAACAGCUCGUAGAAGAUACCUUAUUAUAUGUAUCUUUCUUCCGGGAAGCUGCGUGAUGACAUGUUGAAUUUCUGACUUUAAACUCUCAUGCUGACAGGAGACCCAUGCUUGACCUUUCAAACUGAUUGAUCAGGAUGUAUUUUGAAAUGCAUUUGAGAAUCUCCAUGUUACCUCUGCAAGAACAACUGUGUUACCAAUUACCGAGCAUGGCAAACCGUUUCGCACCAGAUCAAUAGCACACAUGUCAAGAGCACACAUUGUGGAUAUAAAAUGUUUGUUUAUAUGUAUGUGAGUAUAUAAUAU